AACUAGGCCACCAAGAUAUCUAAUGUGUGGCGUUGCAUUGGUAUUUAAUAGGCUUGACUAUCGUCAUCUCAGACAGCCCGACGGCAGCCAGUGUUGUUCCAGACAUGACGAGACACUUCCUUUCUGUAAUUAUUCUCCUGGGGCCUGCCAUGUGUGGUCCAGUAGAUCAGAAGGCUACGCGGGAGACGAGGAACCUAUUCAACAACAUGAAAGAUCUUGCUCGAAACUCCUCUAAAGUGAUGUUUGGUCACCAUGAAGACACGUGGCUUGGCGCACAGGGUGGUCAUCCGCCGUAUUUGGUGCAGACUCUCACUCAUGACGGAAACAUACAGGCCUACAUAUUUUGGGCACAACAAGUCAGAGAUGGGGAUCCGGAUGAACUCUCCGAUACAAAAGGAGUUACUGGACAGUAUCCUGCAGUAUCUGGUUUUGACUUUGCUCAGUUCACUGAUGAACAUAUUAUCACCCUUACCUAUUUGGCAAAGCUUGCUUAUGCUCGGGGGCAAAUAGUCACGAUAUCGCAGCAUCUCAACAACCCCGUGACUGGGGGUUCCCCUUGGGUCAGCAAGGAUAAUGGAGACGUUCUUCACACCGUCAGACGGAUCCUUCCAGGUGGGGACAAGAACCACAUCUAUAAAGAGAAUCUGGACAAGAUUGCCGACUGGGCUCUCAACUUCACUGACUCAAGCGGCAAACCAAUUCCUUUUGUUUUCCGCAUCCUUCAUGAGCUAAAUGGUGGAUGGUUUUGGUGGGGACUUUCAAAAGAGACCCAGAAUACUGCGAAUGAUUUAAUUAAUCUGUACAGAUACAUCGUUACCUACUUAAGAGACGUAAGAGGCGUCCAUAACAUUCUUUACUGCGUCAGCCCAGAUAAAUUCAAGACAAAAGAUGACUACUUGAAAGUGUAUCCAGGGAUGACUUUGUUGAUGUGCUCGGCACCGAUUACUACUUCGUCAACGAGAAUCAACCUCCUGUAUCAGAUCUGAAGAGAACCUUGGACGAACUGGUGGUGAUUGCUGAAACCAGAGAUAAAAUCCCUGCAUUGACGGAGACGGGAAUCUUCAACAAUGGUAUCGAUCGUGUACAUAACUUCUGGAAUGACCACGUACUGGACAUUCUGAAGACCGACUCUAAAGCUGCAAGAAUUGCUUAUAUUCUUACCUGGACUAACCAUUGUUAUGGUAACCACAAGUGCGAGCUCUGGAUGCCUUAUAAAGGUCACCCUGCAGAGUCGGACUUUAGAAAGAACUUCUUCAAUGAUCCGAUGACUUAUUUUGCUGAUCGAAUUGGUGGAAUGUACAACUGAAAGAAAUCAUCAAAAUAAAGUUAUGUAUUUAUAUAUCAA